UCCUUUCCUUCUCUCCGCGCGCAAGGAAAAAAGAAAAAAAAGAAAAUAUGUUGACGUGCUACGUGACCGCGGUGCAAUACGAGUGGACGAACAAUCGGCGCGGAUCGAAUUUUGACUCGCGAUACAAAUCGAUCAGCGACCGAAACAGUGUGAACGUCGAGGGAGCAACCCACAAGCAGGUGGUGGAUUUGAUAAAGUCGGGAGGCGAUGUGUUGACGUUGACCGUCAUCUCUGUCACUCCACAAGAAGCGGAAAAGCUCGAACCGUUCGAGGAUUUGAGUUAUGCAUCGGUGGACUACAGCGAAAAGCGAUCCCUACCAAUCAGCGUGCCGGAUUAUCACGUACGCGAGAGGAAGCACGAGCGUUACGUGGUUUUCAACGUCCACAUGGCAGGCAGACAUUUAUGCUCCCGACGUUACCGAGAAUUCGCCGCCUUGCAUAUGGCGCUCAAGAAAGAAUUCAUCGGGUUCAACUUUCCCAAAUUGCCGGGAAAAUGGCCAUUCCAAUUGAGCGAGCUGCAACUCGACGCGAGGAGGCGCGGCUUGGAGCAAUAUUUGGAAAAGGUUUGUGCCGUAAGAGUGAUCGCCGAAAGCGAUAUCAUGCAAGAAUUCUUGGCCGAUAGACUCGAGGAGGACGGUGAUCAGGGGCCCGCGGUCGAUUUGAAAGUACUGUUGCCGGAUCGCGAGGUUGUUACUGUUACAGUUGCUAAAGCCGCCUCUGUCAGUGAUGUGUACGAUGCAGUUUGCAGCAGAGUGGGGCUGGACGCAGAAACGGCCAAAUACUUUUACCUUUUCGAGAUAGUCGAGUACAAUUUCGAAAGGAAACUGCAACCCCACGAGCAUCCUCACACUUUGUACGUUCAAAAUUACUCGACCGCCAGCGUGACGUGUUUAGCGAUAAGAAGGUGGCUUUUUAAUUUGAACAGACCACUGAGCGAGCAAGCGUUAACUUGGAUAUUCUGGCAGACCGUGGACGAGGUGAAUAGGGGGCACAUCACGGCGGGAGAAAGAUUGUACCAGUUGAAAGCGUUACAAGACGCCUCGAGAAAGCACGAGUAUCUGAAAUUGGCGAGAGAAUUGAGCGGUUACGGCGAUAUCGUGUUCCCACAUUGUGCAUGCGACUCGCGAAAAGAAGGGCACGUGGUCCCCGCAGUGGGCGCGCCAGCGUUUAAGCUGCACGCGGCGAAGGAGGACGGCACUUUGGAAUCUCAAGUUGUCGAAUUUCAAUGGAACGCUAUUACACGAUGGGAGGUGGAUGAAGAGGGAAUGGCGUUCUGCUUUCAAUAUACGCGUCAAGAUAACCGUCCACCACGUUGGCUCAAGCUUUUCACACCUUAUUACACGUUCCUGUCGGAUUGUUUCGAUCGAAUAGCCGAGGAAGCAAAAUGGGACGAUCCGGGGGAAUGAAGAAACGUUCGACGUU